AUGAUCAAAGCUCCCGCCAUGAACGCGAUAAAGAAGAAACUUGAGAAAGAUAUUUAUGGAGUUGGAAGUAUUGGCCUUUUCACUGAGUUGGGAGAGAGUUUAGCAAUAACACAGAAACCUGGACUGGAAGAACACUCUGGCCUAGACAAAUCUAGAAUAGCAACCCUGGACAAACAAUGUUCUACAUCAGUCAAAGCAAUGCAUACAAGUACCUUCCACACAGAACGCAAUCCCACAUUAUUACACCAACUGGUUCAUCAUUCACAGCAAAGGAACCUCGUGGCUGGACGUGCAGUUCAUGCACGGAUCAUCAGAACUGGAGCAUCGACAUGCACCCGCCAUGCCAAUGGCCUUGUCAACCUUUAUGCCAAAUGCGGAAACUUACCCAAAGCCCACUCCAUCUUCAAUGCCAUAGACAGCAAAGAUAUCGUCUCCUGGAAUAGUCUCAUCACUGGAUACUCCCAGAACGGUGAGCGCUCCAGCUCCCUUGCUGUUAUGAAGCUGUUCCGGGAGAUGAGAGCGCAAAAUAUACUGCCAAACGCUUAUACCUUCGGCGGGAUAUUUAAGGCUGAGUCUAGUCUUGGAAGUAGUACAGUUGGGAGGCAGGCUCACGCGCUUGUGGUCAAAAUGUCAAGUUUUGGGGAUAUAUACGUUGACACUUCGAUGUUAGGCAUGUACUGCAAAGCAGGAUUGGUCGAGGAUGGACUAAAAGUGUUCGCCUUUAUGCCUGAAAGAAACACCCAUACGUGGUCUACCAUGGUUUCUGGUUUAGCUAUAAGAGGACGUGUUGAAGAGACGAUCAAAGUCUUCAAUUUGUUUCUUCGUGAGAAGGAGGAAGGAAGUGAUACUGACUAUGUCUUCACCGCGGUUCUUAGCUCACUGGCUGCAACCGAAUACGUAGGCUUAGGCAGGCAAAUCCACUGCAUCACGGUGAAAAACGGGUUGCUCAGUUUUGUUGCUUUGAGUAACGUGCUCGUUACAAUGUAUUCAAAGUGCGAUAGCUUGGCUGAGGCGUGCAAGAUGUUUGACUCUUCUGGUGACAGGAAUGCGAUUACAUGGUCAGCAAUGGUCACUGGUUAUUCUCAGAAUGGGGAGUCAGUUGAAGCAGUGAAGCUUUUCUCGAGAAUGUUCUCUGCUGGAAUCAAGCCCAGCGAGUACACAAUUGUUGGGGUUCUUAAUGCAUGCAGUGACAUUUGCUAUAUAGAAGAAGGGAAGCAAAUCCAUUCUUACUCGUUGAAGUUGGGAUUUGAAAGACAUUUGUUUGCAGUAACAGCUUUGGUUGACAUGUACGCAAAAUCUGGCUGUCUAGCAGAUGCCAGGAAAGGGUUUGAUUGUCUACAAGAACGUGAUGUCGCUCUUUGGACGUCGGUUAUUAGCGGGUAUGUUCAAAACUCUGAUAACGAAGAGGCUCUGAUUCUGUACCGCCGAAUGAAAGCAGAAGGUAUUAUCCCAAACGAACCAACAAUGGCAAGCAUUCUAAAAGCUUGCUCCUCUCUAGCCACUUUAGAGCUCGGAAAGCAAGUACAUGGCCACACAGUCAAACACGGUUUCAGUCUAGAAGUUCCAAUCGGUAGCGCACUUUCUACAAUGUACUCAAAAUGCGGUAGCUUAGAAGAUGGGAGCCUCGUCUUUAGAAGAACUCCCGAUAAAGAUGUUGUGUCUUGGAACGCGAUGAUCUCAGGCUUGUCACAUAACGGACGAGGAGAUGAAGCUUUGGAACGUUUUGAGGAGAUGUUGGUAGAAGGAACAGAACCGGACGAUGUCACUUUCGUGAACAUUAUAUCAGCGUGUAGCCAUAAAGGGUUUGUAGAGAGAGGCUGGUCUUAUUUCAAUAUGAUGUCUGACCAGUUCGGGAUUGUUCCAAAAGUUGAUCACUAUGCGUGUAUGGUUGAUCUGCUGAGCCGUGCAGGACAGCUCACAGAGGCAAAAGAGUUCAUCGAGUCAGCUAGUGUUGAUCACGGUUUAUGCCUUUGGCGGAUACUGCUAAGUGCGUGUAAGAACCAUGGGAGCUGUGAGCUAGGAGCUUAUGCAGGAGAGAAGCUCAUGGCACUUGGAUCAAGAGAGUCUUCUACGUAUGUGCAGUUGUCUGGCAUUUACACGGCUUUAGGGCGGAUGAGAGAUGUGGAACGGGUUUGGGGAAUCAUGAGAGCGAACGGGGUGAGCAAAGAAGUGGGUUGCAGUUGGAUCAUGUUGAAGAAUCAGUGCCAUGUUUUUGUUGUGGGAGAUACAAUGCAUCCGAGGAUUGAAGAGACAAAGGAUUUGGUUAGGAUGGUAAGUAUACAGAUCAUGGAAGAAGGAGACACGGCUGUGUUGGAUUCUUCUUAG